AUGGCGUCCGAGCAAGAACCAGUCGAGGGGAAAGACUUUCUCACUCUACUGCCAAUAGAGCUUCUCGUAAAUAUCAUUGAGCACAUAGACGUUGCUUCGCACCUGAACUUUGCCUGCACAUGCAAGAAGAUCGCCGAAUGCUCGGCCGUUAUCCUGCAACGCCACAGAGAAGCACAUGAUCAGUACGGUGUCGUCUCAGACCUCCAGCCGUUGACCAUACCCACGUUGUUGCACAACGCUGUCGUACGCAAGGAUCCGUUCGUCGCGUGGCACGUACGCUCACUAGAAAUAUGGGGUCCCCGGAAGUCUUGGAGCCACUGGCGGCCGUUCAUGCUCCAGCCGCCAAACCGGUUCGACACGGGUGCGCCACCGUUGGCAUGGUCGUUUGGAAAUGAGGAGCGGGCGGAGUAUAUCCGUCUUCUCGGGGAUGUGCUUCACUUGGCCGACGAUGAUAUCAGCAGGGCCAUGAAACAGCUCGAUGAAGGCAACGAUGGCAUUCUCAAGGUUCUGUUCACGGCUCUCUGUCCUCGUCUGAGGAAUGUGAAGUACGUUUGGUGCAGCGAGGGCAACGAGGAUGACAGCCUAGAAUGGCUCGCCUCAACAAUCGAAAUCAGUCGAUUUCUCGAAUCGUGGGCACCCGGGCUGCGCUCUCUCCGUGACGUCUCCAUCGGAGUGAGCUCCGGCACCUGGCUGGACCGAGACAACCAAGCCCACCACGAUCCCCGUCUCCUGGCAAGUCUCCUCCAGCUCCCCAGUAUAGACUCGAUCUACUUCCACGGCUUCUACGAGGACGGCAGCGUCCAAGAUCCAAGCCGCGGCCUGUCGCGCGGCUGCUCAACCCUCCAGCACCUCUUCAUCGACGGAGCAGAAGAUAUGAGCGAAGAGUACCGCGUAGCCCUCCUCGACGCCCCGCGCUCGCUGAAAACCCUCCGUCUCCGCGGCAACGUCAGGCGCGACCAGGGCUACUGGUACGAUAUUGAAAAGUUCCUCCUCAACGCCCUCAACGCCCAGUCCGCAUCUCUGGAAAGCCUCAUGGUACACGAAGCGUGGGGGAUGCGAUCUACUCGCGAAUCAAGCCGCCCCCUAUACCCGCUACACUUGAUCGAGCCCAACACCCUCCCGCACCUCCGCCACGUCUGGCUCGAAAACGCCGACCUCGUUCAGCAGGCCUCCAACUACGACCUCUACACGGUACCAGAGCUAUGGCAGACCCCAUCCGAAGCAGCGCUCGCAUGGGUCCUCUCGCGUCUCCCCACGUCGAUGGAGGUUCUCCUCCUUGGCAACUCGACGGAGCAGAGUGACCCGAGAAUGACAGAAGAUCUCCUCAUCGGGCUUCUGGAGUCGGGCAGAUUCCCUAGGCUAAAGGCAAUCUUCAUCGAGGACGACGUCGUCCGGCGCGGACAGUGUCGGCAGCCGAGUUGCACGAAGCACGAGCCCAGAAACAGGCUCUACUUCCAGCGCCUUGUCGCCGUCGGCGAGAAGCACGGUGUGGACGUGAAUUGUACGGCUAGCGGGAACAGGAGGCGGAUACAUGGCGACGACGCCAUCGGAUUCCCCCCUAGUCCGGAUGACGCCACCGCGCUGGUGUUUUCGCCGCUGGAUUCCCGGGCCAGGGCCGGCACCGGCACCGGCGCGCGCGAGUUCAAUGUGUUUAGUGGUCGAUGGCAGCCCAAGAGAUGCGGCAACUGUGGCACUUGCAAGAGGUGCUUUCAGGUGUAUACGAAAGAGAGUUGGAAGACGAGAAGUGGGGGUUCCUCCUGA